UUUUCGGAGCAGGCGGUGAGAACGAGGGGGGAAGUUCUCCACCAAUUGUUUCAGGUCCUGAGAGGAGCCGGGCGCUCGGACCCUCCCUCCUUCAAUCUCUCUCCCCUCGCUUUCCUCUGCCUCUCGCCCUCUCUCUCUCUCUCUCUCUCUCUCUCUCUCUCUCCUCCCCUUGUUGUGACAGAGCACACCUGCUUGAUCUUGGCUGCACGCGCUCUGAGUCUAAUUACCCCCGUAAGGCCCUCGCUGCAACUUCAGUCUCAUCCCCCCCACUCGACUGGAUUUUGGGAGUCAAGCUCAUCUCGCACAGCUUUACUCUCUCCGCCUUGCUUCUUCUGAGAACAGGCUCCCUGCUAGCAGCGCCAUGAGGUCAGCCUGUCUCUCUCUGCUCCUGGUCACCGCCUGUUGGGCGCUGCCCUUCCGCCAGUCCGGUUUCCUAGACUUCAUGAUGGAGGACGAGCCGGGAUCAGGAGUUGAUCCCGAAGACAAAACAGAACCAUCCCUCGGCGGGCCCUCUGGACCCAAAUGCCCCUUCAGGUGCCAGUGCCACCUGCGAGUCAUCCAGUGCUCGGACCUCGGUCUCACGACGAUUCCAGACGACAUCCCAGACGACACCACCCUGCUGGACCUUCAGAACAACAAGAUCACUGAGAUCAAGGAGAAUGACUUCAAGAACCUCAAAGGACUACAUGCUCUCAUCCUGGUGAACAACAAGAUCACCGUCAUCCACGCCAAGGCCCUCAGCCCUCUGACCAAGCUGCAGCGUCUCUACCUGUCCAAGAACAUGCUGAAGGAAAUGCCCGCCAACAUGCCCAAGAGCCUGCAAGAGCUGCGCAUCCACGAGAAUGACAUCACCAAGAUCAAAAAGGCCUCCUUCCAGGGCCUGUCCAAUAUCAUCGUCAUGGAGCUUGGGUCCAACCCCCUGAGGAGCGCAGGAAUCGAGGCGAGUGCCUUUUCUGACCUGAAGAGAGUCUCCUACAUUCGCAUCGCCGACACAAACAUCACAGAGAUCCCCAAAGGUCUGCCCAGUUCUCUCUCUGAGCUCCACCUGGACGGAAACAAGAUCUCCAAGGUGACGGCUGGAAGCCUCAAGGGCCUCAAGAACCUGGCCAAACUAGGCCUGAGCUACAAUGAGAUCAGCUCCGUGGAAAACGGCACUCUGGCCAACGUCCCUCACGUGCGAGAGCUGCACCUCGACAACAACGCCCUGAUCAGCGUUCCCGCUGGCCUGUCCGACCACAAGUACAUCCAGGUGGUCUACCUCCACGCCAACAAGAUUGCUGCUGUGGGAACCGAGGACUUCUGUCCCCCUGGCCUCAACCAGAAGAAGGCCAUGUACUCUGGCAUCAGCCUGUUCAGCAACCCCGUGCCCUACUGGGAAAUUCAGCCCAUCACCUUCCGCUGCGUCUUCGACCGCUCCGCCAUCCAGCUCGGCAACUACCGGAAGAAGUAGAGCGCACCUCGGCAAGGAAGUGCGUGCGUGUGUGUGUGUGUGUGUGUGUGUUUGUAAAAUGAGUGUGUGCAAGAUUUCCAAUUGUGCGUGUUUGACCACAGAACCCCGCGACACUGACCCCCCACGAGCAACAGCAACGCCGAUGUCAUCGAUCCGCGCCAUCAACGCAAAACGCUGGACAUGGACCUCAAAAUGCAAUAUAUUAUUUUCAUUAUUUAGCUUCAUGGUUGGUGCAGCAGCAGCAGUUGCACACACGGCUUCAUUCAUAGGCGCAGUUAUAGGCAAGCGACUGACAUAUAUUGUCACAUAUAUGUUGUCACAUACAUGCUGCAUUAUUUGUAUUCAAAUUCAGAGGUGAAUCCUAACCAAAAAGAUUUGAAAGCUCACUCAGUGGGAAAUAUUAAUCACACUUUGACUUUUGAUCCUUCAGCCAUUGUUUGAACUGUAAGACCGCCGGCCUGUAGAGCAGGCAGCGAGGGGAUAACAUGUGUUUUACAAUACCUUUUAACAACUGGUAUACCAGAAUGUACUAGAUAUUACCUGUGUACUAGGAAUAGCAUUCAGAGUGCAACAUUACCGCACUGCACCCUUUGAAACAACUCAGUUUCUAUUUGUAUUGUACUCAAUUCAAGUAGAGAUAAAAAAAAGCAAUCGUGACUUCUAUCACAUUGUGAUUUCUUGUGUGUUCUGGGCUUAGUUCUGUUUGUUUGUUUUUUACACUUUUUCUUAAUCACAUUUCCUCUCAUGGUCCUUUCCAGGUGUGUGUUGUUCCAUUACAAAAAUAAAAAAUGAAAGAUGAAAAUAGCUUAUAAAAUAUGUAGAAUAAACAAUAUGUUUUAAACAGAAGCCAUUCCCAAAGAUGUAUAUGCAUGCCCUUAUUUUUUCCUCUCAACUUAAACCUGGAGCCUUCUGGAAUCUUUUGUUAAUCUUUGUAUAUUUUUCUCUCCGUGUUUCUCUGCCUUUUUAUCGCUUUUGUUUUCAAGAGAAUGUGGUGUUUGUGGACUAGCAUGCCCACUGCAACCAUGUUGGUGUGAAUGUUGUAUGUAUAGACGCUGUAUAUAAAUGCUGUAUAAAAACCUUGUUUGCUUAAAGGCACAAGCACUUACCACAGUUCAGACUUAAUAUAUCAGCAACAAAGGUCCCCCCCCCCAGGAGAUGGGGCUCCAGAUAAGGUGUCCUGAACAAAAUAAAAAUACUAAUGUAAAAAGUAUCAGUUUUUGAUGGAUGAAAUGACCAGAACCUAAUUAUCAAUGAUUUGAGAUGAGAUUUCUGCUCCCACUGGAUGGCGCUGCAACAGCUUCAGCACAAAUGAGAGAGGGCGGCGGCAUCCCGGCGAACAAGGUCAACGGGAGGCAAAGGUACCGUUGUGAAGCAGGUGAGACACCUGAUCAAUAAAAAAUGAAAAAAAAAUGCAUUAAAAAAAAA